UAUUAAUAUUACCUCACAUGCACCAUGUCAAAACACUCACCAAGUCUACAUUUUCCAUAACCAAAAAACACUACCAUUUCCUCCCAUUUCAUUCCUCUAAGGCAAAACUCUUCUCCUCCUCUUCUUCCAAUCAUCAAUUAUAUUAAUACUCGUUAAUGAUCAGUGACGAAUCUUAAACCAUAAGUCGAUCAGAUAACACACCUAAGUUAUUAUCCAAACAAAAAACCAAAUCAUCAUACAUUGUUUUACCAAUAUAUAACCAUACCCAUUUCAUCUAUCCUCGUUGAUAGUCAGUGGCUGAUCUUAAACCGUAAGUUAUUAUUAUCAAUAUAUAUUGAUAUAUCAAUAUAUAACCAUCACACUAAAACAAAUACAAAAAACCCAUAUCAUCCAAUACCAAAAAAAUCAUCAUGGUUGAUCAAAUGAAGCAACUCAAAGACAUAUUCAAAAGAUUUGAUAUGGACUCAGACGGAAGCUUAACGGCGUUAGAGCUAGCUGCAUUGCUAAGAUCCCUGGGCUUGAAACCAUCCGGAAAACAGCUGGAAAUCAUGCUAACAUCCAUGGAUUCAAAUGGGAAUGGAAGCAUAGAAUUUGAUGAGCUAGUAAGUGCAAUAAUGCCUGAAAUGAAAGAACAGAUAUUGAUUAAUCAAAGUCAACUUUUAGAAGUAUUUAAUAUAUUUGAUCGUGAUGGUAACGGCGUUAUAACGGCUGCUGAGUUAGCUGGAGCCAUGGCUAAAAUGGGUCAACCGUUGACUUAUAGAGAGUUGACUAAAAUGAUUAAUGAAGCUGAUAGUGAUAGAGAUGGUGUUAUUAAUUUUCAUGAAUUUGCUUCUAUUAUGGCUAAAUUUGCUGCUGAUUUUCUUGGUCUUCCUAGUUCUUAACUUUUUUUUUUUUUUUUUUUUCCUCUUAAUUCCUUUGUGUUUUUUUAUAGUUACUCAUUUUCUUUAUUCACUAUCUGUUUGGUAGUUAAUGUUAAACGAUGAGAAUGAUGGCGACAAUAUGAUGUAUUUUAGCUAGAAAAUUAGUUGACGAAGUUUAUGGGGAUGCUCGUCCUAUUAAUCACUUGUUUCCUCAAAAUUCGUUCUCAUCAUUUACCACUGGGCAAGGUGAUAAUGAAAAAAUUGUGAAUAAAAAUAAUUAAAAAUAAUAAUUUAUCUGUUUUUA